AUGGACAUCAAAGUGUUUGAACUUAUAGCGCCUGCAGCACUGAGCAAGAAGGAGAUCAAGCUGAGAUUACUGGAGGAGAAUGAUGCUCGUCAUGCAUCACCUUCCUGCCAAUCGGUCGCAACAUGGAUAUCCAUGGGAUUGGCAAUUGAAGAAGCUCAGAUCACAUUGCUCAUUGAGGUCCGGGGAAUCGCACAAAGACCUACCAAGACACAGAGAUUAGACAUCGCCUGUCAAUGCAAUCGGGUGCAGGGACAGAUCGAUGAAUUCCCUCGGUCCGCUCUCCUGCAUUUCGGAGAUGGAUUCAAUAGUGAUGAAGAUCCAGAGGACUUGAGUUGUGCAAUUCUCAAUGAUCUCAACGAUGGCCCGGAUGAGUUCAGUGAGACUCUCGAUACCUACCCAAACACCCCCGAGCUCACUGUCAUCCCAUUGCCAUCCAAUGUCGGGCUGGACCGACUCCAACACUGCUUAGCAGAGGAUCUGAUUCCGCUGGAGAUGUCGCUUCGUGAAGGACAGGCCAAUGAUGCCCUUCACAAUCUCCAAAUACACUUGUGCAACAAGGCGGUCCUUUUCCGAACCACCCUUAGGCAGGCGAAGUUGCAAGCUUUGAAGACUCGGGCAUGGUCCCAGGUGAUGUUGGUUCAGCAGGCUGUGUCUCUGAAUGCCAGUAUGUACAACAGGACAAGGAAGCAAAUGAUGAAACUUGGUCUGGGGCAGCACCAGCUUCAGAAAUACCAACCUCUACUCCAAGAACAGCUCAAGAUCAGCACUGCAGUCAGUGAUCCAAAUGCCCGAGGUCAGCGGAACGAGUCCCUUGCCUGGUUCUGGUCUCUCAACAUUGAUUUAUCAGGGCUGAGGGUGGUGGAUCAAACCUCCAUCCCAUCUCUUAUGGGACUUCGGUGGAUUCGAGGAUGA